CCACAGCACAUAGUUUGACUCACUUCCCUCAUUGCCACACCCCAGAGCUCCUGUGCUGAAAUUUGACACAGACCUCUCUACCGUUACAAGUGUUAGGACUCAUUCCCACAGUCUGCUGAUUUUCUGUCCAUAUCCACACACAGAGAAGAUCACUUCAGAAUGCCUCUUGGGGGUGGAAACAAAUGUGGCUGCUGCCAGAAAACAGUGUAUUUUGCAGAGGAAGUGCAGUGUGACGGGCAGAGCUUCCACAGAUCCUGCUUCCUGUGCAUGGUGUGCAGGAAAAAUCUAGACAGCACUACUGUAGCCGUGCAUGAGAAUGAGAUCUACUGCAAAGCCUGUUACGGCAAAAAAUAUGGGCCCAAAGGCUACGGCUACGGCGCUGGCGCAGGAACUCUGAGCAUGGACAAAGGAGAGUCACUGGGAAUUAAACAUGUGGAGCCUCAAGAACACCAGCCAACCAAUAACCCCAACACAUCUAAGCUUGCUCAGAAGUUUGGCAGCUCUGAUGUUUGUCCACGGUGUAGCAAGGCCGUCUACGCAGCUGAAAAAGUCAUAGGGGCAGGAAAUGCAUGGCACAGGGGUUGUUUCCGAUGUGCAAAGUGUGGCAAGGGGCUGGAAUCUACAACUUUAGCCGACAAGGAUGGAGAAAUCUAUUGCAAAGGUUGCUAUGCCAAAAACUUUGGACCAAAGGGCUUUGGCUAUGGUCAAGGCGCUGGAGCGCUGUCACACACUCAAUAGAUCAGCAUGACACAAUUUACCCAACAUUCCCCCAUUCGUAAGCAUCUGUAGAAGCACCUAAACACCUCCUGCUCACGUACAUGUGCAUGUCAGUGUCUUCAAAAAUGAAAGUCAAGUCAAAAAGGAAACCAGAGUCCAGGUGCCACUGUCUAAAUCUUACACGCGACACAUUCCACAAAAUGUCAUGUCAUUGUCUUAAACCCAUAAACAUCUCUUCUUAACUCUUGAACACUGCCAAAUGCUUUGAAGAACGUCAAGUAUGCAAACUAAAGAUGGGAUUAAGACUUAAUCUGCUCACCUAAGAUGAUCACUUGAGUUUGCACAGGUUUAGUGGAACCUGAGCUGUGCUGUUACGUCAGUAUUCCUCUGCUUAGAUGUAUUGUCUGUUCUUAAAUGGAUCUGCAUACCAGUUUACUAGUUUACCACAUGCUUGUGUGGGCUUAAAUCACUGUAAAGAAUGUUUUCUUCAGCAUGACUGAGUCACAAGUACUUCCUGGCUUAAGAUGCCCUACAUUUAUUUCACUAUCAAUGGAAAAAUAUCCCACAUAUCCAUUCUGCACGUACUGUACUUCAAGAAGAUGUUAUAGAAGUAAAUGUACAAAUAUGCACAA